AAUAUUAUUUGCAAUGGAUGACGACUUAAAUAUUGAUAUGUUUAAUAAUAGACUGAAUAUCGCAGUGCUUAAUAAUGGAAUUAAUAUUGGCAUGCUUAAUUUUAUUAUAAAUGAUAUGGUCAAUCCCUUGCCAGAAAAUGAAAUAAUCGCAUGAUGUAAUGAAAGACCAAAAAAUAAAAAUUAUUAUAUUUUGAAGACUAUUCCGAGAUAUGCAUACAAUUUCUAGAACACUUUCGUAUGUCGCGAGUUACAUUUGAGGCAUUAUUAAACGUAGUAGCACCUUUACUAAAUCCGGAAGAAUAUGUAGAUGUAAGCCCAUCAAAGAAAUUACUAUUUACAAUAUGGGUUUUGGCCAAACAAGAAAGUUUUUUAGCUACAGGUGACAGAUUUGGUUUAGCAAAAUCUAGUGGUCACAAUAUUUUUAAAAGUGUUAUAACUAUUUUGUCAGAUUUAAUGCCUCUCUAUGUUAAAUGGCCAGAUGCCAACGAAUGUCAAAUAUCCAGCAAUAUUUUUGGGAAUCGUUUGCGUGGUUUCCAAAGGGUUAUAGGUGUAAUUGAUGGUUGCCACGUCCCAUGUAAACAGCCAGUAAGAAAUCCAUAUGAUUAGUAUAAUCGCAAAGGGUCUCAUUCCAUUAUAUUACAAGGGGUAUGCGAUCAUAGGGGAAAAUUUAUAGAUUGCUUUAUUGAUUUGCCAGGUAGAAUGCAUGAUGCAAGAGUAUUCAGACAAAGUCCAUUAUUUGAAAAUAUGUCGAAUGUAAGGUUACGU